AUGUCUACCGCCGAUGAAAACUGGCAAACGACGAAACCAUCGAUCAGAGAAAGAAGUGAGUUCAUGUUUAACGACGAUCUUUUCAGCGAUGUGAAGUUUGUCGUACCAAAGUCCAAUGGUGAAAGUGAAAGUAAACAGAUGAUUCCCGCUCACAAGUUCGUGCUGUCUAUCAGCAGUCCUGUGUUUGCGACCAUGUUUUACGGUGAGGUGGCGGAGACUAGAAAUUCUAUUGAACUGCCUGACUGCGAGUACGAGAGUCUGUUGGAGUUGUUUCGUUACAUGUACAGAGAUGAAGUGGUCUUGAGCGGAAGUAGCGUGAUGGGAGUGCUGUAUUUGGCGAAGAAAUACAUGGUGCCCUCACUUGCUGAUAAAUGUACGGAAUAUCUGCAAGAGAACCUUGAUCUAUCAAACGUUCUCAGUAUUAUGCCAUUUGCUCAGAGCAGGGGCGGAUCCAGAAAUUUUUGA